GGAGGAGCUUUGAAAACAUGGCUGCUCCCUGGGCAAUGUCACGCUUUUAGGACUUUUCUUUUGUUUACUGUCAUCUCAGACUGGGAAGAAUAGCCUGUUGUAUGUCGGACCUCUUUCUAAACAUGGUUAUUUUUCUUCUCAAGUGAGGUUCCACAAACAAACUGAGAACCCCAAGAUGGUCCAUCUUUCAUCUGCUCUACUGAAACGAUACCAUGGAGGUUUUGUUGUCAUCCGACUUGCCCUUGGCGGCUGCACCAACAGACCUUUCUACCGCAUAGUGGCAGCUUUCAACAAGCGGGCUCGGGACAGCAAGUACAUCGAGCAGCUGGGGACUUAUGACCCCCUUCCCAACAAAUACAAUGAAAAACUUGUAAGCCUGAAUUAUGGAAGGAUUAAGUAUUGGAUUGGCUGUGGAGCUCACACAACAAAACCAGUGGCAAAGCUUUUAGGGCUCUCUGGGUUCUUCCCCCUGCACCCCAUGACAGUGACUGAAGCGGAGCGUAAGAGGAAACGGGCAGAACUGAUGAAAGCACAGCCGGAUGGAGACAGGGCCGAGGAGGAGGAGCAAGACAAGAAAGAGCAGGAGGCAUAGACCUACUUGCUACUGUAAAGAGUGCACAUCUGAGAAAGUCAAAAUAGCGCAUGGGUCCAUCUGUCCCCCCUGUAGAAAAAGAACAUUUCUGUAUAUAUUGUUGGGAGCCUGAUGUUUUGUUGGUACAUUACACAUUUUGUCAAUCACCCAAUGUUGAUCUUUUGCCAUUCAUUUAUAAAUGAAGGGCACACUUUUUUUUUAAAAAUCUUUUUGGCUUUAUUAAAAACAAAUUUAAUGCUAGCAUAUUAAGCAUUCCUUGAAAGCCAGUUUUGAGCCAUAAUUAGUGAGUUGUACAAGAAUUUUCCUUGGUAAUAUUAAAUUCUCUAUAGUUAUCUGAAUCUGGAAACACAUUUUCUUAAUGAAUUGCAAGCCAUUUUUAACAAGUACUCUGAACUUCAGAUUGCUAAAUCAUUUUCUGAUAUGACUGAAAUCAGACAUGGCAGUGAUAUAUAUACCUCCAACCCCAAAAGAUGUUUAACAAUUAACACACAAGCACUGUGUUCCAGGGUGAGGUUUAGAAUGUUAAACACUCAUUUCUUUAAUUUCAAUGUGGCCAAACUCCACCCUGUGUCAAGAAUAUGUUUUAAAAGCUCAAGGAAAAUAUAUGACCUCAGCAAGGUUCUAUUUUCAUGCUCCCACCUCUGUUGGUAUUGCUACAGUUUUUACUCAGGUGUUCAGCAGAAACAGAUGUAAUUUCUUUCCAUGUCUAAUCCUCAUUUCUUCUUCAGGAACCAUUAUCUUUCAUAAGAAGUUAUAUUAUGGGACUAUUUCACAGAAUAAAUUAACCGCUUUAAGUGAGAACUGGGUGU